AGAUUACAGUAUACUGCGUGCGCAUGUGUGCUUGUGUUCUUGAACGUCGGAUGGUGGCUGGAGGAGGAAAAGCGUGUUUACACAGACGGGCCGAGCGCCUGGGGAAUAGCGCACGGCGAGAGGAAGUGAGCCGGCUCGCUGUCUGCCUGCACCAACUUCCUGCUCAGAGAGAGAGAGAGAAAGAGAGAGAGAAAACAGUCGGGAUCCCAUUACAGUCCGACUGAGAGCUGCCGAGACGGCCGACAGCAUGGAAAAACAGCCCAUUAUACGGAAUUCUUUUUAAUAAAGCGAAAAAGGACCCCAAAAAGCCUGACCAUUACGCACAGAUAUGGAGAGUGCUAUCACGCUGUGGCAGUUUCUGCUGCAGCUACUGCUGGACCAGAGCCAUAAGCACCUGAUCUGCUGGACGUCCAACGACGGCGAGUUCAAGCUGCUCAAAUCGGAAGAAGUCGCCAAACUCUGGGGCCUGCGCAAGAACAAGACCAACAUGAACUACGACAAACUUAGCCGAGCACUACGCUACUACUAUGACAAGAACAUCAUAAAGAAGGUGAUUGGCCAGAAGUUUGUUUACAAGUUCGUCUCGUUCCCUGAUAUUCUGAAGAUGGAUCCCCAAGCGGUGGAGCUCGGUCGGGACGGGGGUCACGUCUCAGGGGGCGUCAUGUUGCAGGAGGUGGAGUCAGAUUGCGGCGAGGGGGAAGAGUCUCCAAAGCUGUCACUGUCAUCGCUGAGAAGCCCCGCCUACAGGAACGAGUAUCUUCACUCUGGUCUGUACUCGUCCUUUACAGUCAGUUCCCUCCAAAGCCCACCUCCACUGCUGCGUCCAAUCAAAGUUGAGAAGCAGCGAGGGGGUGAAAGAGGGGAGGAGGGACAAACGGUGAUUCGCUUUGUCACAAAUCGAUCAGAAAAGUCCGUUCCCCUGGCUUCCUCGCCACCACCUGCAUCCGCAGAGGUCUUCUUUGCUUCAAAAACGUCCCCUUGUUCAUCCCGUAGCCCCUCCCCUUCUCAUAGCCCUGUCUACACGCUGCGGCCGGAGCGCAGCCCGGAGGCUCGCAUAGACGAAUCAGAGCAGAGCGCUCAGCCUCUAAAUUUAUCAUCCGGCCACAGGGAGCGAGCUCAGAACUGGGCCACGCCCCUCGAGAGGAGGACCGGUAGCAACGGACUGCCUCCCAAAGCUCGGAAACCCAAAGGGCUGGAAAUCUCUGCCCCUUCCAUACUGCUUUCAGGAAGUGACUUGGGCUCCAUCGCCCUCAACAGCCCAGCACUGCCCUCAGGGUCACUUACACCAGCCUUUUUCACUGCACAGACUCCCUCUGGUUUGCUUUUGACACCCAGUCCUCUCCUGUCCUCCAUUCAUUUCUGGAGCAGCCUGAGUCCCGUAGCCCCUCUCAGCCCAGCCAGGCUACAAGGACACGGGUCACUCUUUCAGUUCCCGACCCUGCUGAAUGGGCCGCUCCCAGUACCCCUCCCCAACCUGGACUCCUCUUCAUCAUCAUCAUCCUCCUCUCUCCUCCUCUCCUCCAGCGCCCAGAAAUCCUGAUUUCUGGACACUCCACAUAUCCCCUCCCCAGAAUUAUACUUUUGCUCUCACACUAAGAAGGAAUUAUGGACCUUCAUGUCAUUUUUGAGCCAGACUGCACUUCACCCCCUUGUGGCCACCUACACCUACAGCACCCUUCAGUUCUGUUGAAUUUUGGACCAACAAACUGUGUGUUUUCUUCUUUAACUCAGGCUGCCAUCCAAACAGCUCACCAAAAUUCCUCGUCAAGCUCUUAAAAUAGGGGAAUUAUGAUGAGGUAAUGCCAAAGAACAUGAAGUGUCCUUUUGAGAAGAUGGUGAGUCAUUGGAAACGGAGCCUUAGAGAAUCUGUAUCCUGGAGAAAGUGUUCAAGACUGGACUCUUCGGCAAGUUUUUUGUCAAACUCUCAAUUUCAGAUAGAAACAAAUGAUGCUGAAUGAUGUAAAACACGUUUAAAACAGCGUAGACUUUCUCCCUACUGUUUUCCAUUCCCAGGGUGCUUCAACUGGAAAGACCUCGACCAGUUAAAAAAAAGAAACAAAAAAAAAAGAAAUGUUUAAUCCAUAUUAAAGGAAUUUCAUUAGCAUUUAAGUCUCUUUUUUAAUCUUUCCGAGGCUGUGAACCGGGUUUCUGUUCAUUUGUUGUUUGUUUGGUAUUGAAAUGUAUAAUAUUGUGUUGUAUGCACUGUGCUUCAAAUGUAAUACCGGCUGUGCCUUUUUUUUGUGUAAGAAUUGUGUAUUUGUAUUAUUUUUCCUGCUUAAAUACGUUUUUGUAAUAGACGAAAUUCCAUUUCAAUAUUGGAAAGAAAAGCUUUGUAAUAGCUUCCAGGUUUUUUUCAUUAAUGAAUUGAUUAAAAAAAAGUGUAUUCUCGUA